UGCGCAUGCGCCGGGCGGGCCAGAGGGCUCCCUCCCGACUAGCUGCAUGUCCGGUUUGCGGGCGCUUCUGGGGCUCGGGCUGCUGGUUGCAGGCUCGCGCCUGUCGCGCGUCAGAGUCCAGGCCGGCUCCUGUCGCGCAGGACCCACCUGGUGGGUGCCGCAGCGGCUGAUCUCGGGUGGCCGCGGGGACUCAGAAGUCAUGGCGAGUUCAGCAGUGAAGUAUCUGAGCCAGGAGGAGGCCCAAGCCGUGGACCAGGAGCUGUUUAAUGAGUACCAGUUCAGCGUGGACCAACUUAUGGAGCUGGCCGGUCUGAGCUGUGCCACAGCCAUUGCCAAGGCAUAUCCCCCCACGUCCCUGUCCAGGAGCCCCCCUACCGUCCUGGUCAUCUGUGGCCCUGGGAAUAAUGGAGGAGAUGGGCUGGUCUGUGCUCGACACCUCAAACUCUUUGGCUACCAGCCAACCAUCUAUUACCCUAAAAGGCCUAACAAGCCACUUUUCACUGCACUGGUGACGCAGUGCCAGAAAAUGGACAUCCCCUUCCUUGGUGAAAUGCCCCCAGAGCCGAUGCUGAUUGAUGAACUGUAUGAGCUGGUGGUGGAUGCCAUCUUUGGCUUCAGCUUCACGGGUGAGGUUCGGGAGCCAUUCCGCAGCAUCCUGAGCGUUCUGAAUGGACUCACUGUGCCCAUUGCCAGCAUCGACAUUCCCUCAGGAUGGGACGUGGAGAAGGGAAGCUCUGGAGGGAUCCAGCCAGACUUGCUCAUCUCCCUGACAGCACCCAAAAAGUCUGCAACCCAGUUUACUGGUCGUUACCACUACCUGGGGGGUCGCUUCGUGCCACCUGCUCUGGAAAAGAAGUACCAGCUGAACCUACCACCCUACCCUGACACCGAAUGUGUCUAUCGUCUGCAGUGAGAGAAGGCCUGGAGCAGCAUCUCAUCGGUCAGACUGUCGGAGAGGGGUGGGAAUCAGGAAUUACAAAUGGAUCUGGUGGAAAGGCUUGACCUCUCCUCCCCUCUAAAACAUUCACCAAUGAGUUCCUAUUCAGGACCUGGAAGUGCCAAAGAUUAGUACAACAGUUCCACCCCCCAAGAAGACCACAGUCAAGCAUUAUACUGGUCCUUUCUUCUGAGAUUUGAAGGCAUCUCCCAUGUGCCCCAGCACUAGAAAGAAGUCUCACACAUUUGGAGGCUUGGGCUCCUGGCUGUCGUCAUCACUGAAGCUUUCCCAGUCCUUGUCUGGCUUCUCCCCACUUGAAGUCAGUGUGGCCGUCUAGAAGGAGGAAUCACGGGGAUGGACAAGGCCCACUCAACACCACCAUCAUCCCACUUCCCUUCUGGAAACCACCCCCAACCACCAUCUCAAAUAGCCAGAGGCACAAAUCUGUCAGCCCCCAACAUCACUCCUUACAGAUAUCCACAGAGGUGUGCCAACCUGCAUAUGUCAACUUGGGCAGGAAGUGGGCUGCAGUUGGGAAUGGGUGGGGCAGGGGCAGUCCUGGCUCCCUGGCCCACAGCCAGCUAGCUAGUGGGCAGAACAAGAAGGGAGGGACAAGGGCUUGGGUCAUCAGGUCUUCACUGUGGGACAAGUGCCCCCUGGUGGUCAUCUCAUGGUUCUAGUAACAGACAAUAAAGAUGGUUCUUUUCACAACCUGUGCGCCCCCCUACCCUGGCCCAACACCUAUGCACAGUUCUUUGUUUAACCAGGUUAAGAACCUACUAUGGAUUAAAAGGCUGGGGAUACAGAGUGGAAUAAGAAUGAGAUGGGUGCAGCCAACAUGGACCCUACGUGGUUAACAGGGAAGAGAUGUGGCAGAAUGUAGGCAAUUAUGAACAAAAUACUGGCGGACUAUAGUCCAUAGUGUCCCAAAAGAGUCAGACAUGACUUAAUGACUAAACAACAAUUAUCUCUGCUAGAGAAGGGGUACCCAACUCAGGCUUCAGGGUUUGGGGAAUAGUUCCUACAAGUAACUCAGCUUUGAAAGACAAGGAAAAGGUCAGCAGGUAAAGGAAGCAGAAUGUCCCAGACAGAGGGAGCAUAUGCAAAAAUUUGAAGGUGAAAAAACAUGGUACCUGAAAAAGAUUCAGAAUCAAUCUGGCUAAAGUGUAGAUAGAGGUCCUGAGAAGUGGCGAGAAACACGAUAGGAAAGAAGGCAAGGACAAGGAGGAGCCAGUGACACAGUGAAACUUGUGUUUGACAGAGAACACUCUGGAUGCUUUGUGGAGGAUGAACUGAUUGGCAUGGGGAUUGAGACUACAGUGAGAAACCUAGCUAGUUAUGAGGCUGUGAAAGAAAUAAUGCAGGAGAUGAUGGUCUGAACUGGGGCAGAAGAUGGCCACAGAGAUGAAUGGGAAAGAUCUGCUGGAUAACACGUAGAGCCCUUAAGCAUGUAAGAGAAGAUCGUUAAAUGUCAGCUCCCUUCCAUUGGCAUGCUAGAAAAGGGAAGUCUGAACACCUGGGUUCUAGUCCUUGGCUAGAACAGGCUGUUAUUGCUACUAGCCACCUGUGGGCUCUUCGGUGAGCCACCUCCCCCCUGCCGGCCACAUCUGCAAAAUAAAAGACAAUGGGUCCG